AUGACCAACCAGAGCUGCCAGGAACGAUUCAUCCUACUGGGUUUCUCAGACAAACCCAGGCUGGAGCAUAUCCUCUUUGUGUUUGUCCUCAUCCUUUACUUUGUGACAUUAGUGGGCAACGUCGUCAUUAUCUUGGUCUCCCGCCUGGACCCUUGUCUCCACACACCCAUGUACUUCUUCCUCACUAACUUAUCCUUCCUAGAUCUCUGCUUCACCACCAGUUCCAUCCCCCAGCUACUUUUCAACCUAGGUGGCGUGGAUAAGACCAUCAGCCACAUGGGCUGUGCCAUCCAGCUCUUCAUGUUCCUAGGACUGGGUGGCACAGAAUGUGUUCUUUUGGCAGUCAUGGCUUAUGACCGGUUCACUGCAAUCUGCAAGCCCCUUCACUAUUCUGUCAUUAUGCACCCUCAGCUCUGCUGGCUGUUGGUAUCUGUGGCCUGGGGGGUUGGACUCCUCAACUCCCUAGUUAUGUCUCCAGUGACUAUGAAGCUGCCACGAUGUGGGAGAUGUAAGGUGAAACAUUUCCUAUGUGAGAUGCCAGCUCUGAUCAAAAUUGCCUGUGUGGACACAGUGGCUGUAGAGAGCACUGUUUUUGUCUUGUCAGUUAUAAUCGUCUUGGUGCCCUUGUCUCUUAUCCUCAUCUCUUACAGCUACAUUGCCUUAGCAGUGCUGAGAAUCAAGUCAGCUGCAGGAAGAAGAAAAGCUUUCAACACGUGUGGAUCCCAUCUCACUGUAGUCUCCUUGUUUUAUGGGAAUAUUAUCUAUAUGUAUAUGCAACCAGGAAAUAAUUCUUCUCAAGACCAAGGGAAAUUCCUUACGCUCUUCUACAACUUGGUAACUCCUAUGUUAAACCCUGUCAUCUACACACUGAGAAACAAGGAUGUAAAGGGUGCACUGAAGAGGCUUGUAUCGAGAAAGCAAGGUGACACUGACUUUUCCUAA